UACUAUAUAAGUCCUUUUCACCGGCUGCCCUCAGAACAACCUCGGGAAUGAAAAGAAAAACUUGUUUUUAACAAGAAACAACCCAAGAAAAUACACACGAGAAGAGAAACGGAUUGUUUUAUUUUUUAUUCUACAUUUAUUCAUUGUUACUGAUUUGUUUUUUUCUUUUUCUCAGUGUACAUUCAUUUUGGGAAAACCUCAAAGAAGCUAAGGAGAACAAAAGAACAUACAACUGUUUCAAGAAUAAAUCUACUUGUGUCUUAAAAAAAAGAAAACUUCACAAGUUUCUAUAGGAACAGGUGACACCGACCACCCAGAGGUUUAUUUGCCGGUUCCACAGUCUAUGUAUUUGGAUUURAYAUWUKMCGCCCGCCGCCCUCCUACUAUGGUGAUAAUGGAAGUCCCCAGCAUCGAUGCCAUGUCCCUCCGCGGGCUGCUGGAGGGGGAAGACCCGGGCUGUCUGGUCCUGGACUGCCGCUCAUUCUUCUCCUUCAACUCCUCUCACCUCAUCGGGUCCACCAACGUCCGCUUCAGUACUAUAGUCCGCCGGAGGGCCAGAGGGGGGCUGGGGGUGGGACACAUCGUGCCCAACGAGGACACGCGGAACCGGCUUCUCUCAGGGGAGUAUCAAUCGGUAGUGUUUCUGGAUGAUCGGAGUUUGGACUUUGGCCAAGUGAAGAAGGACGGGACUCUAAUGCUCGCCGUAACAGCUCUGUGUCGACACCCGUGUGGGACUCGUUUCUUCUUUCUCAAAGGUGGUUUUGACACGUUCUCCUCGGAGUAUCCAGAGAUGUGUACCAAGCCGUCAGCUCCACAGGGGCUCAGUCUGCCCCUCAGCGCCCGUCCAGACAGCGCCGACUCCGGCUGCAGUCCAUGCAGUACACCGCUCUAUGACCAGGGUGGUCCAGUGGAGAUCCUUCCCUUCCUCUACCUGGGCAGUGCCUACCAUGCCUCCAGAAAGGACAUGWUAGACAUGCUGGGUAUCACUGCUCUCAUCAACGUAUCAGCUAACUGCCCCAACCACUUUGAAGAGUCCUUCCAGUACAAGAGUAUCCCUGUAGAGGACAACCACAAGGCUGAUAUCUCCUCCUGGUUCAAUGAGGCCAUAGAGUUUAUCGACUCCGUCCGUAAUAAAGGCGGUCGUGUGUUCGUCCACUGCCAAGCCGGCAUCUCCCGCUCCGCCACCAUCUGUCUGGCCUACCUGAUGAGGACCAACCGCGUGAAGCUGGACGAGGCCUUUGAGUUCGUCAAGCAGCGCCGCAGCAUCAUCAGUCCUAACUUCAGCUUCAUGGGCCAACUGCUACGGUUUGAGUCCCAGGUCCUGGCUACUUCAUCCUGCUCGUCGGAAGCCGGGAGUCCUGCCCUGGGGAAGAGCAGUACGGUCUUUAACUUCCCAGUGUCUGUCCCCGUCCACGCUCUGCUGCACGGACAGCUCUCCUUCCUGCACAGCCCCAUCACCACCUCACCAAGCUGCUAAGGGGAAGAGUAGGACCAUAUGGAGGGUUGUCUGUCUUCGCCCGGACUUAAACUGUCACUAUCGGUGUCGAGUCGUUGUGACUGUACUG